UACGGAUAACAGCUCCUAUCAAUGUAUAUUCAUAGAUUCACAACGAAAUCGUAAUUUUUUCAGCGUUUCGUGUUAUUUCGCGUUUAAGUCGAUUAACAAACACAACGUUGCCUAAAAAUAGUGCAAGACGCGAAAAAUAUCAACACAAGUAUUAUCAUACGGCGUUCGGAUCGAAGGUUGCUCAUUAUUGAAUCAUUAGAAAGUGACGAAUCGGGCCAACUCCUCGUCGCAGACUGGCCAUAAAAGUAUAAGAUUUAACAAACGUGGGAGAGCAACAAAGUGACGUAGCGAUCGCACACUCGCCAACCUGUUGCUGGUACCGCUGCAAGACUUCACUUUCAAAAAUAACGCGACCGCGAACAGUCGAUUCAAACUAGCGCGCCGACCGAAAUACUCGUUGAACUUUGAACGAACAGUGCGAACGACAGUGUCCUAAAAUGACAGUGAAAAAAGCCGAAACGGCAACCAAAACGAAAAAGAAAUCCUCCUCGACCACCACAGCAACUUCCAGCACGAGCGCAACGAAGUCUUCCAAAGUGGUACAGAGUUCUUCGUCGAGAACUGAAACUGGGCUUUCCGGAAACCUAUCCAAGUCUUCCUCUUCGUCCAGUCUACAGAUCGCGGACGUUUCGCAUCUGCCAGUGAACGCUAAAGUCGUCUCAUACGUCGUUACGGAAUCCCUGCCUACGGGGGCCGGCGAAAAACUAACCACAUACGGGGAAUCCGGAGCAACUUCCACAGAGUAUAGGCAUUUCAUCUCGAGAGAUGCCGAUACAUCGUCUACAGAAAUACAACAGAUCGGCUCGAUUUUGAACCAAUCUACGUCGAAUCUCAACCAGUCCAUUUCCAACCUGUCCCAAAUCUCGGGAUCUACUUACACAGUGACUGAGCCUAUGGAGGAAGUCAAGUUGACGUACAACAAAAACGAUUCAGGCUGGAACGGCAAGUUUCUCCACGAACAGCCGGUCGGAAAAGGCAAAACAUCCAAGAACCAACUCUCGAAGAACGGUGACCACACCUUCGUCGAAGAGUUCUCCUCCAGCUCUCAUCAAGAGAGCACAUCCACGGCGAAGAGCUCUUCCAGCAGCCGUGUCAUCAAGAUCGUGGACGGCAAAGAGACGGUGAUCGAUGAAAAGCACCACGAAUCCGGAAACUCCACCCACAAAAGUGAAGACGCCAGACUGGACAAGAGACGCGGUACCAACAUUGUACCUGAAGAGCAUUCCAAACACUCGCUCGUAGAUAGUUCUACCAGGUACGAUUCAGCUGUUCCAGAGCUCUCGCAGCCCAAGACGAGGUUCUCAAAGGUGGUCAAAGAAGCUCACAAGGUAGGUGAUCAUACUUCUUCUUCCGUGGACGCUGUCCACAAUACUUAUCUGACGGACAAAAGCAAUAUUUCCAUUAGCGAUAAGACUAAACAAUUUAUAAACACCGAAAAGACUGAUAGCCAAAUAGGUUCUAACGUUGUUCAAACUGGAAAAAACUCCGUACAUUCCAAAAGCUUGGAUAGCACUACCACCAAGCACCAAUCGCAUUCCAGCAAUACUGCCCUAAAAUCUAGUUCUCAAAUCGAAGAUGCAACAGCUACGACUACAACCACUAUCACGUACUACGAUGCCAAUGGUAAGGUCAUCAAAACCGUUACCGACGUCGAUGUGGACAUCAUUCCUGGCGGUUCCCUUACAGAGGAUUACAGCUCAGAUUCCUACUCUCACAUAGUUGAUAACAGCGAGUCUAGUCACGUUGAUUCUACAACAAACUUUUCAGAAAAUAUUGAGAAUACUACAUACAAAAACACAGACAGUAGAGAUUCUACCAGCCAACAGUAUAUGGACCGACACAAAACGAGCAAUGCUCACUUGAAUACCGAUUCCAAAGACUUCUACGGCCAUGGCAUCGACUCUUCUCAAACCACGGUGGAAAAUGUAUACGAUUCAAAGGCCGUCCAAAACACAAUAGGUACAGCAGGAAAAGUAUUUAUUGACCGAACCAUAGACAGUACCGAUAUCGUGUAUUCCAAUGACAGAAACUACGGAAAAACCGGCUGGAACGGUGCCUUCACCUACGAGUCACCCCCCGAAAACCGCAAAGAAACUUCCACUGGAAAACAGCCUUCCAAACCAUCUGAAAAAUCACCGGAGCCUAGACAACCAGAUUCCACCUUUAGGAAACCAAAAAAGCUGUCUCCGGAAGACCUGCCAGCUGCCGGUGCUCCUUCUAAGAAAAAAUCACCUGACAGCUACAGCUUCAUCGAAACUGAAACUAUGGAAAACAUUAAACAGUUCACAGAUUCAAAUAGCGAGGUUUCCAGCACUGUAGAUAGCAGAGUGGACCAAAAAACAUCUCCUGGAUGGAAACCUACCAAAGCUCCAAGAACUUCCCCAACAGAGCUUCCCGUUGCUGGCAGACCUUCCAGGAUGCCAGAGAAUAUAAGACAAACAACAGAAUUCCUUGACAACGAGACCAGCGUUCAUCAAACUCAUAAAACUGUCAAGGACUCAGCAGAAACUGUCACCAGUAGUACCACUGAGUACUACGAAACCUUUUCUGAUAUUAGAGACUCAGCAAAUGUUUCCGAUCACUCUCACGUUGUUAAAUAUUAUACUGAUGACAGACAGGUUAUAUCUGACGACCAAGUGACACAGUCUGGUUACAUUCCAACUGCGGGAAAACCUUCAAGGGUUGUAGAUACCCCUAAGGAGCAAACGAGAGAUAGAAGACCCAAAUCUUCUACAAGUGGACAUAGGUUAAAUCCCGAAGAACUCCCUCCAGCCGGAAGGCCUAGCAAACCCACCAGGCAAGACACUCCUGAACCAAGGAUGAAAGAACGAUUGAGGCCCGAGGAUAUGCCCGUUGCCGGAAGACCAUCUAAACAGGACACAGCUAGACAACCAGAAAACCAAGAUUAUUCUAGUUCGACAAUAGUUUCAGAUAGUUUCGCGUCUGUAUCAAAAUCAUAUGACUCGAAAACUACCAGAACAGUUGGUGACACCACUUAUGUUGUUGAAGACAUAUCUUAUGUUGAUGGUGGUAUUGAACGUGAACAUAGUGAGAAAUUCCUAAGAGGAUCACAGCCACAAAAACUAAAAGAGAUACCAACUGCAGGAAUGCCAUCCAGAAGAGAGGAACCAAAAGUGACUUCAACCACAGAUGAGAGGCAACCUGAGAAAAACGCACCCGGUCACAAGGAACGGCUAAGACCUGAGGACAUGCCAGUAGCUGGUAGACCAUCAAAACCGGAUUCUCGAUCACCAAAACCAGGUGAUAAAGAUCGGGAGCUUACAAAACGACCCAAAGAUGAGGAUUAUUCUAGUACAACGACAAUAUUGGAUAGCCUUGAUAGAGUAUCAAAAACAUAUGAUUCAAGGACAACAAAAACUGUUGGCGACACAACUUUCGUUGUUGAAGAAGUUACCUAUACUGAAGAUGGUAUCGAGAGGAAAUCAGGUGACGAAUUCCCAAGAGGACGAGAUACCCAAAAAAUAAGAGAGACGCCAACAGCUGGAAUGCCGUCCGCGAGAAAGGGACCCGAAAAACCUCCAACUGCAGAUAAAAAGCAACCUGAAAAGAAAACACCAGGUCUUAAGGAAAGGUUGAGACCUGAAGACAUGCCAGAAGCUGGAAUACCAUCCAGACCUGAGUAUCGUUCACCAAAGCCUGGAGAUGAAGAUCCGAGGCCCAAAAAUAAAAAUUAUUCAGGUUCAUCUACAGUAAUUGAUAGUACAGAAACUCUAUUGAAAACACAUGAGUCGACAACGAGAAAAACUAUUGGUGACACGACUUUUAUUGUUGAACAACAUACCUACAUUGAAGAUGAUAUUGAACGUAUACCUGGAGAUACAUUUUCGAAAGGAUCUGCUCCACAGAAAAUUAGGGAAAUACCAGCAGCUGGAAUGCCAUCUAGAAGAAAUGAACCGGAGCUUCCAGAUAAAACACAACCUGAAAAGAAAACACCCGGCAAAAAGGAAAGAUUGAGACCCGAGGACAUGCCUGUAGCUGGAAGACCAUCUAAACCUGAUUCUCGUGUACCAAAGCCCGAAGAUAAAGAUCUGAAGCCUGCCAAAGGACCCAGAGACGAGGAUUAUCCAAGUUCAACUACCACACUAGUUGAUAGUCUCGAAACUGUAUCAAAAACAUAUGAUUCGAGAACAACUAAAACUGUAGGCGACACAACAUUCGUUGUUGAAGAAGUUACCUAUAUUGAGGAUGGUGUUGUACGUAGACCAGGUGAUGAAUUUCCAAGAGGACAACCCAUACAUCAAAAACCUACAGAUGGAAAGUACCCCGAAGAAAGAAAACCUGGUCAAAAAGAAAAAUUGAGACCGGAAGAUAUGCCAGUGGCUGGUAGACCAUCCAAACCAGAAAAGCCUGUGAAAACUGCAACUACUGAUAAAAAACAGCCGGAAGAAAGAACCCCAGGUAAAAAAGAAAAGUUGAGACCUGAAGACAUGCCUGUAGCUGGUAGACCAUCUAAACCUGAUUCUCGAUCACCAAAACCAGGAGAUAAAGAUCUGAAGCCCGUCAAAGAACCCAGAGAUGAGGAUUAUCUAAGUUCUACAACCACAUUAGUUGAUAGUCUUGAAACUGUAUCAAAAACAUACGAUUCGAGAACAACUAAAUCUAUCGGCGACACAACAUUCGUUGUUGAAGAAGUUACCUAUAUUGAGGAUGGUGUUGUACGUAGACCGGGUGAUGAAUUUCCAAAAGGACAACCCAUACAUCAAAAGCCUACAGAUGGAAAGUAUCCCGAAGACAAAAAACCUGGCCAAAAGGAAAAGUUGAGACCUGAAGACAUGCCUGUAGCUGGUAGACCUUCCAAGCCUGAAAAGCCUUCGGAACCUUUAACAGAUAGAAAACAGCCAGAAGAAAAAAUGCCAGGUAGAAAAGAAAAGUUGAGACCUGAAGAUAUGCCUGUAGCUGGUAGACCUUCUAAGCCUGAAAAGCCUGAGGAAACUUCAACUUCUGAUAAAAAACAGCCGGAAGAAAGAACCCCAGGUAAAAAGGAAAAGUUGAGACCUGAAGACAUGCCUGUAGCUGGUAGACCGUCCAAGCCUGAAAAACCUGAGGAACCUUCGAAUACAGAUAGGAAACAUCCAGAAGAAAAAACGCCAGGUAGAAAAGAAAAGUUGAGACCCGAAGACAUGCCUGUAGCUGGUAGACCUUCUAAGCCUGAAAAGCCUGAGGAAACUUCUACUACUGAUAAAAAACAUCCAGAAGAAAGAAAACCUGGCCGAAAAGAAAAAUUGAGACCCGAAGAUAUGCCAGUAGCUGGCAGACCAUCCAAACCGGAUUAUGGUGCACCAAAGCCGGGAGAUCAAGAUCUUAAGCCCAUCAGAGAACCAGAAAUUGGAGAAUAUCCAAAUUCAAUAUUCGACGGUGUUGAUAACUUAAUAAAAACCUAUGAUACGAUAACAACCAAAACCAUUGGUAAUACAACUUACCUUAUAGAAGAAGUCACCUAUAUUGAUGAUGAUUUCGAGCGUAAACCUGAUCAAAAGUUUCCGGAAGGUUCGAAGCCAGAAAAAAUACAAGAAACACCAACAGCAGGAAUGCCAUCUAGGAGGAAGGAACCUGAAGAACCGUCAAGUAUAGAUAAAAAACGUCCAGAAGAGAAAAGGCCAGGAAAAAUGGACAGGUUAGGGCCAGAAGAUAUGCCAGUGGCUGGUAGACCUUCUAAGCCUGAUAAGCCUCUGGAACCUUCAACUAUAGACGAUAGAAAACAGCCAGAAGGAAAAACACCAGGUAGAAAGGAAAAGUUGAGACCUGAAGAUAUGCCUGUAGCUGGUAGACCUUCCAAGCCUGAAAAACCUGACGAACCUUCAACUAGAGAUAUGAAACAUCCAGAAGAAAAAACACCAGGUAGGAAGGAAAAAUUGAGACCCGAAGACAUGCCUGUAGCUGGUAGACCUUCUAAGCCUGAAAAGCCUGAGGAACCUUCAACAACAGAUAGGAAACAUCCAGAAGAAAAAACGCCAGGUAGAAAAGAAAAGUUGAGACCUGAAGACAUGCCUGUAGCUGGUAGACCAUCCAAACCUGAUUCUCGAGUACCAAAGCCGGGUGAAAAAGAGUUACAACCUACUAUAGAUUUCCCUUUUUCAACAACGGUGUAUGAUAGUAAAACUACCUUUGAUUCGAAAACUUCAGAAACAUUCAUCACCAAUGAAAGCACCGUCGAGUACUAUGAGAGAACCACCGACGACAGAGGACCUAAAGAACCUAAACGAGUAACACCAAGUAAGGACUCGAAAGGGCCAAAGCCAAUCACUUCCGUCGUUGAGGAUUUCACCACCGACGUUGUGGACAGAAUCGACAAGACCUUCAUCAGGGAAGACAUCAUAGACAUAAAGGAGAUCAACGAGGUGGAGAACAUAACGAAUAUCAAGAGGAUAUCUGAAAAUAAGGUCAUCAACAUCGAGAAAGUGAUCCAAGAACCUGAGCCGAAGCCACGUUUCAAGGUGCCUUUGAAGGAGCAAUGUAUUUGUGAAUUGUGCACUUGUGGCCGACACUCUUGUCCUCACAACCCGGAUGACUACACCGACCAUUUGCACCCUGACGGGCCAUUCCUUGGCAAACCAAAGGACGAAUACAAUGCAACUAAAGGCGAGAGGUACCCUGUCAAAAUCCCCGAAGAUCAUCUCAAACCGGAAGGAGACUUCGUCAAGCGCGAACCCACCAAAUGGGCACCUGGCGAACGAGCGCCCGUGAAAAAGCCUCAGGAUAAUCUCCGACCGGAAGGCGAAUUCGAACGACCGGAAAAACCAAAGUGGUCUCCUAGUGAACGUCCCGAACAAAAGCGCCCCGAGGAUAACCUGAAACCUGAGGGAGAAUUCGAGAAGUACAAACCAGAAGAGUGGAAACCAGGCGACCGGGCUCCAGUCAGAAAACCACACGACAAUUUGAAACCUGAGGGCGAGUUUGAGAGGCCCGAAAAACCAAAGUGGUCUCCAGCCGAAAAACCCAAACCAAGUGAAUGGUCUCCAGUAGAAAGACCGAAACAGAAAAAACCUGAAGACAAUCUACGGCCGGAGGGAGACUUCGAAAGACCAACUCCCACUAAGAUGGGACCAGCAGAACGCAGAAAGCCUAUUAAACAUGACGACAAUCUUCAUCCAGAAGGUGAUUUCGAACGUCCAGAAAAACCAGGAUGGUCUCCAGCUGAAAGGCCAAAACAGAAAAAACCAGAUGAUAACCUGAGACCUGAAGGUGAAUUCGAAAGGCCUGAGAAGCCCAAAUACAGACCUUCAGAACGACCGAAGGCAACAAAACCGGAUGAUAACCUCAGACCAGAAGGAGAUUUUGAACGCCCCGAAAAACCUGGUUGGUCUCCUGCGGAAAGGCCAAAACAGAAGAAACCAGAUGAUAACCUGAGACCUGAAGGUGAGUUCGAACGUCCCGAAAAACUUGAAUGGUCUCCUGUAGAAAGGCCAAAACCAAUAAAGCCGGAUGACAACUUGAGGCCUGAAGGUGAUUUUGAGCGUCCUGAGAAGCCUAAAUAUAAGGCAUCAGAAAGACCAACUGCAAAGAAACCCGAAGAUAAUCUACGUCCUGAAGGAGAUUUCGAAAGACCAACGCCUACUAAGAUAGGACCAGCAGAGCGCAGGAAACCUAUUCGGCAUGACGAUAACCUUCACCCAGAAGGCGACUUCGAACGUCCAGAGAAACCAGGCUGGUCUCCAGCUGAGAGGCCAAAACAAAGGAAACCAGAAGAUAAUCUGAGACCAGAAGGUGAUUUCGAAGUUCCAGAAAAACCAAAAUACAAACCGGUAGAGAGACCGAAGGCUUCUAAACCAGAUGACAAUUUGAAACCUGAAGGUGACUUCGAGCGUCCCGAGAAACCAGACUGGUCUCCUGCUGAGAGACCAAAGCAGAGGAAGCCAAAUGAUAAUUUGAGACCCGAAGGUGAAUUUGAGAGACCUGAAAUCAAGGAAAUAGGUCCUGCCGAGCUCAGAAAACCUAUCAGACACUCAGAUAAUCUUAAGCAAGAAGGAACCAUGCAAAUUGUGAGAAAGGACGAUUAUAACGUCAUCAGAGGUGAGCGAGCGGAAAUAAUUAAACAUGAAGACAAUCUCAAAACCGAAGGGGAGUGGGAUAUCCGCCGAAGGGAUGAUUUUAGAGCAAACAAGAUAGAAAAGAGAACUCAAGUUGUCAAACACGAAGAUAAUUUAAGAAUGGACGGAGACUUCACUGACAGUCGCACAAGAGACGACUAUACAGUCGUCAAGGGAGAGAGAUGCGAUGUUAUUCGUAGAGAAGAUAAUCUCAAAAUCGAAGGAGAGUGGGAUAUACAUCGUAGAGACGAUUACACCGCAAAGAAAAUCGAAAGGAGGACCCAAGUCGUCAAACACGAGGACAACUUGCACAUGAACGGCGAGUUCACCGACAGUAGAUCUCGAGAUGAUUACACUGUCGUGAGAGGUGAAAGGUGCGACGUAAUUAAGAGAGAGGACAAUCUCAGAAUGGUUGGCGAGUUUAACGAAUACAGAAAACGCGAUGAGUACACCACCCACACCGAAAGGAGGGAAGUUAUUCGACACGAAGACAACCUGAAGCUCGAAGGAGACUUUGAAAGGCCUACUCCCACAAAAGUUGGUCCGGGAGAGAGGCGAAGACCAAUCAGGCACGACGACAAUCUCCACCCAGAAGGAGAAUUUGAUAGGCCAGAGAAACCUGGAUAUAAAUCUGCGGAAAGACCGACGCCUAAAAAACCGCAGGAUAAUCUUAGACCAGAAGGCGAGUUUGACAGGUCUACCCCAACGAAGUUUACUCCAGGAGAGAGGCGUACGCCAAUCAGACACGAAGAUAAUCUUCAUCCGGAAGGAGAGUUCGAAAGACCAGAGAAAACUGGAUACAGACCUAGUGAAAGACCCACCCCUAAGAAACCGCAGGAUAAUCUCAAGCCGGAAGGCGAAUUUGAAAGAACCCCUUCGAGAAAGAUAGGUCCAGGCGAGCGCAGAACGCCUAUCAGACAUCCGGAUAACUUACACCUUGAAGGAGACUUCAGCAGACCCGAGGAACCGGAAUAUCGACCUGUGGCUAGAUCUACUCCCAAGAAGCCUAAAGACAAUUUACGUCCCGAAGGUGACUUCGAACAACGCACACCUUCCAAGGUGGGACCCGGAGAGCGCAGGACACCGAUCCGUCAUUACGACAAUCUCAAGCCAGAAGGAGAGUUCGACAGACCGCCCAAGCACGGAUAUCAACCAGGAGAACGACCCACCCCUAAGAAACCCCAGGAUAAUCUUCAUAUGACCGGAGAAUUCCACGACACGACCGUUAGCAGAUCGCAUCAUACUGUCGUCAGGGGUGAGAGAGCAGAAAUAAAGAAACACGAAGACCAUCUCACAGUCGGAAACGGCACGAUGGAGUGUACUACGACGACGCGCGAAACGUUUGAUCGAACGCCGAAGAAAGGCGGACCCGGUAGUCCUGCUACUCCCACAGGGCCUGUCAUAAGUAAGCGCCGCCACAUGGAGUCACACAUUACACUUGGCAGCGACGUUACUAACAUGCAGACCACCUCCGAGAGUAACUACAAGACCUACACCCGAAGAACCGACAACAGAACCAGCAUCGACGUUACCGAUAACAAGAUAGUUAGCAAUACGGAGAAUAUUAAACAGUCCACCAAGGUGACGGACAAUAGGGACACACGACGGGUGACACAAUCGACUACGGAUGUUUCUCCCGAUACCAGCACCGGACCAAAUGGUGCUGCUCUCAUCGUCGUUCGGAAAGUAACUACAAUCAAAGGAGGACAUAGAGACGAUACUGACAGAAGUCAUGAGGAGAGAAGCACGACUAAGGUGACCAAGUCGUCCUCGCACAGAGACGUUAGACAUGAAGAACAUAACAUCAGUAACGUCAACGUCGUCAGACAGAACAACAUCAUCCAUUCAAGCAGCCACAAAGACGUUUCUAACGUCACGAACGUCAAUCGACAGAACAAUGUCAUCCACUCUUCCAGUAGCCAUACAGACGUUUCUAACGUCACGAACGCCAUUCGACAAAACAACGUCAUCCACUCACAUACAGACGUUUCCAACGUUAGCAACGUGGUCCGGCAAAACAACAUCGUUCACUCCAGCAGCCACAAAAACGAAACCUCCAAGCAUGUAUCCGAAAAGCAGACGCAUCACAGGAAAAGUGGCGUGACGUCCGAGGAGAUUAGUAACCAGAUCCUCCACCGAAAGGGCUUACACACGUCCACGGAGGCCCUUCACGCUACCAGUUCUUCCGCUUUGGAUAUGCGAAAGUCUGUAUGCAACUUGCACGAUCAAGGCAGAAUCGUGAACAGUGACAGACACAGCCUUAGUUCGAUUCAUCGGUCGAAUCAGGAAUCGACUGGGGCGAACAGACGCAGCGUGCAAUAUCAGACGGUGGAGCGCCCGCAAAAGGUUGUCAGGAGGGAUAACUUAUCCGUUGGUGGGCAUUUUUACGGGCAAUCAGAGGCAAAGUCUUACGGAGAGUUCACGAAGCAGACAAACGUCCAACGGGUUGAGCGGAUCAACAGAAGGUCGAACGUAUCGAAUAUAACGCUGGGUGAUAGCAAUGUCCACGUAGUGACGUCAUACAAGAAGGAGUUUGCUCCUAGAAACGUUGGGCCAUGUCCUGCUGUGCUAGUCGACGCUCCAAAAGGGCCAUUCAAACAUACCAGAGAUACCAAAUCUCACAAAUUCUAUAUGCCGUUGAUCACCAAGUGAAUUUACUUGAAUUAUUUUCUAUAGACUGUUGUUGUAUUAAUCAUUUAACAUUGUUACAUUCCGUCAAUUGUUAUAUUUAGGAACGGAUAUAUGUAUAUCGAUAGAUCGAGAAUAACAAACGCAAUACUUUCACCUAAGCUUACGGUAGGGGUUUUAUGUCUUGUUGGGGCUCAGAUGAUAUAACUAUUUUUAUAAGCCUACAGAAGCUUACCCUCUAGCUUUUAUUAUUAUAGAAGUCAAAUACUUUAUGAAUAAAGCUUUUAUUUUUUAUAUAUUUUUUUCAUUAAUUUUUCUUUAAUCAAACGGAAAAAAGACCAGUUUUGUAUUUUCAGAAUUUUCGAUACUAUGAUUUUUGUUUAGUAACUUCGACUAGAUCAUUCAUAGUCUUUUUUCUGUGGGAUCAAAGUUGCAUUACUUUCAUGUUGAUUCGUUUUCUCUAGUACAACUUUAGUGGAAUAAAGUUGUUACUGCCGAGAUCGUUAAAUUUGGCUGAGAUUCGACGACACCAUCAAAUAAGGAAACUUAUAUGUGCAGGGUGUAGUUUUAAUAAAAACCGGUAUUCAUA